ACUUAACUUAUUCACACCCACCUCUUCUCCUCCGUUCCUUUCUUUGUCUUUUCCUAACAUUCAAUUCAACAGGAGUCAGGUCUAAAAAUGCCAGCCGUUGUCGUUAAAGGUGCGUACCGCCCACCAGCAAGUCCCAUGAUGUGAUUCGCCUAUCAGGUUAUCCCCGAUGUAGAUCAAGGUGGCGUUGUGCUUCGCAAUCCUCGAGGCAGCAACUUGAUUCACCUCAAGUUCCUAGUUCAUUCAUAAACUUGCGAACCUCUUCUUCAUCCAUUCGAUUCAUCGCAUUUAGUCAAACUUCUUUCAAACUUGUACAAAAUGCCUCCUAACCCUGCCGCCGUAGGAGUCGUUGUAGCUGUUUCCAUUGUCGCAGCUGCCGCAAUAGCUGUUUACGAAUCCCCACAAGCACGACAAUUUGCCGAAGAUGUCCGUCGAAAGAUAGCAAUUGCCCUCCAUUCUCUCGGCGAUGAAAUCAAUCCACAGUCUAGGCAGCCUCGUUUCAACCGGCCUGAGGAUGCCGAAGGAUUCCUGAUGAGCCAAGCUGGUGCAGACCCAGGGAUCGACGCAGAUGAGGAGUCAAAGAAACGUCAGAGAGAGGAGUUGAUGUACUGGAAUGCUGUUCACCUCGAGAAGAAGGAGAAAGAACGACAGAUGAAUGGAACUCGACCUGAGAACAGAAGUCGUGGAUCGAGCUUCGAUGAUUUCCUUCACGAGGACCCAUCAGGCGAGAAAGGAACAUACGUCUACAAUACCGGGACCGAUACAAAUCAGACGGAAGGGCUCCGAAACAGAGGUGUCCAAGGUCUGAACAGAGGGUCUUUCUAUGCCAAUCCAUUCGGCGAUGAGCACAACAUCGAGAUGGACGAGCAGCGAGCUAUCGACGCAAGCCUGAUGGAUCCCGACAUGUCUGAGAGGGAAGAAAUGAUGUCGGAUAUCUACUCUGCGAAUGAAGACCCAAGACCAUCUCGUCAGACUCCCGCCACCAUCGCUGAACAGUUGAUUGAUACCUCCGAUGACCCUGUACCGGAUCCUCCGGUUUCCUUCCCCACAAUGGAAGAUCACUUCAUGGGAGAGACAACGAACUUCACCAACAUGGCAACGGCAGAUAGAGACGACUCGGCUUAUGCGUCCAUUCAUGCUUGGGCAGACAAUGCAAACCACAGCUUCUACUCUCCGCUUCCCGUCACUCCCGGAGCCAUCACCCCACAGCAGCAGGAAGUGCGUCCUAGCUCACCUACUUUCAGUGAUCCUGAUGUUUCAGUUCCAGGAAGCGGCUUCGCCACACCAACAGACUCUGCCUCCCUGGCUGGUUCAGGCGAGGAAAUCUGGGCACCACGAAGUGGAGCUACGAGCGAAGCAGAUGUCAUGAGUGUGGAUGGUGAAGGUGUCAGUACACCAGGUACAUGGACCGAAGUCGGCAGUGUUGUAAGUGAAGAUGAUGUUGGAGCCGGUGUUCAUCAUUAGAAAUUCUGUUCGGUGCGGAUACCAAAUAUGGGUUAUUGGCGUCGUGGAAUAAGGAAAGCGUAGUACACAGCUCGUGAUAGGGGGUACAUUGGCAUGGACAUAAGGAUGG